GGCCUGUCUCCAUGCGCCGGUUCCUGGGUUCUGGAGAGCGAGCGGAGGCGCGAGAGACCCGCCGGGGAGCAGGAGAGGGACCGCGAGGCGUCCCCAACCCGGGAGAGGAACCGCCGCUUGGACCAGCGCCAUCAUGUUGCUGCUACCCGGCGCGCCGGACGGACAGGGCACUGCCGUCACCCGAGCUCUUUCGGCGGCUUCUGUAAUCUGUCAAGUUGAACCUGUGGGAAGAUGGUAUGAAGCAUUUAUUAAGAGGCGAAACAGGAAUAUUUCAGCCUCUUUUCAGGAACUGGAGGAUAAGAAAGAAUUAUCAGAGGAGUCAGAAGAUGAAGAAUUACAAUUAGAGGAAUUUCCUAUGCUGAAAACACUUGAUCCUAAAGACUGGAAGAAUCAAGAUCAUUAUGCGGUUCUUGGACUUGGACAUGUAAGAUACAGGGCUACUCAGAAACAAAUCAAAGCAGCCCAUAAAGCCAUGGUUUUGAAACAUCAUCCAGACAAACGAAAAGCAGCAGGUGAACCAAUAGCAGAAGGGGAAAAUGACUACUUUACUUGCAUAACUAAAGCUUAUGAAAUGUUGUCUGACCCCGUGAAAAGACGAGCAUUUAACAGUAUAGAUCCUACUUUUGAUAACUCAGUUCCUUCUAAAAAUGAAGCAAAGGACAAUUUCUUUGAAGUGUUUUCACCAGUGUUUGAAAGGAAUUCCAGAUGGUCAAAUAAGAAAAAUGUUCCUAAACUUGGUGACAUGAAUUCAUCAUUUGAAGAUGUAGAUGCAUUUUAUUCUUUUUGGUAUAACUUUGAUUCUUGGAGAGAAUUUUCUUAUUUAGAUGAAGAAGAAAAAGAAAAAGCAGAAUGUCGUGAUGAGAGGAGGUGGAUUGAAAAACAAAACAGAGCAGCUAGAGCACAAAGGAAAAAAGAGGAAAUGAAUAGAAUAAGAACAUUAGUUGACAAUGCAUAUAGCUGUGAUCCUAGGAUAAAAAAAUUUAAAGAAGAAGAAAAAGCCAAGAAAGAAGCAGAGAAGAAAGCAAAAGUGGAAGCAAAAAGAAAGGAGCAAGAGGCAAAAGAAAAACAAAGACAAGCUGAAUUAGAAGCAGCUCGGUUAGCAAAGGAGAAAGAAGAGGAAGAGGUUAGACAACAAGCGUUACUGGCAAAGAAAGAAAAAGAAAUUCAGAAAAAAGCCAUUAAAAAGGAAAGGCAAAAACUUCGAACUUCAUGUAAGAAUUGGAAUUAUUUUUCAGACAGUGAGGCAGAGUGUGUUAAAAUGAUGGAAGAGAUUGAAAAACUUUGUGAUCGUCUUGAGCUAACAAGCUUGCAGUGCUUGAAUGACAUUCUUACAUCUACUACAAAAGAAGAAGGGAAGGCUGCUGUGGAAAAGCAGAUAGAAGAAGUAAACGAGCAAAUAAGGAAAGAAAAGGAGGAAGCUGAGGCUCGUAUACGGCAAGCAUCUAAAAGUACUGAGAAAUCAAGUGGUGGAGGUGGCAGUAGCAGUAAAAAUUGGUCAGAAGAUGACUUGCAAUUACUAAUUAAAGCUGUGAAUCUUUUCCCUGCUGGAACUAAUUCAAGAUGGGAAGUUAUUGCCAAUUAUAUGAAUCUGCACUCUUCUUCUGGAAUAAAGAGAACUGCAAAAGAUGUCAUCAGCAAGGCAAAGAGUCUUCAGAAACUGGAUCCUCAUCAAAAAGAUGAUAUAAAUAAAAAAGCUUUUGAUAAAUUUAAAAAGGAACAUGGAGUUGUGCCUCAGUCAGACAGUGCAGCACCUUCAGAGCGUUUUGAAGGUCCAUGUACAGAUUUCACACCUUGGACAACUGAAGAACAAAAACUAUUAGAACAAGCUCUGAAAACAUAUCCUGUGAAUACACCUGAGAGAUGGGAAAAAAUAGCUUCCGCAGUGCCUGGACGAUCAAAAAAAGACUGUAUGAAACGAUAUAAGGAACUCGUCGAAAUGGUAAAAGCAAAAAAGGCUGCUCAAGAACAAGUGAUGAAUGCUAGUCGAGCCAAGAAAUGACUAAAGUUGACAAUCUUUGUUGUUUGUUUUUAUAAUAAAACUGCAAAUACUGUAUAAAUUUUCAUUCUUAAACUUAUAAAAAAUUCUUUUGAUGUUUUGAAUCUGUUUUUAGCUUACUGAAAAAAAACAAAGUCUUUUGAGUCGGAAGGGUUUCCUUAUUUGUAAUUAUUUUUUUAAACCCUGAAACAAAUACCACCUCACAUUUUCCAAACUAGAUUCCAAAAACAUUUUGAUUUCUUUUUGGAUGAACAGCUUGAAUUUCUCAGUUUUAUAAAUAACAUUUUCAAAAUCA